AUGUGCCGCUAUCUCGUGGCCAACAUGAAGUCGAUGCGGAAGCACUGGCAGACCGUCCACCAGUGGUCCCAGUACCCCGAGCGGGGGCGCGGCCCCCAGUCGCAGCAGGCCGCGCGGACGGCAGAGCUGCAGCGGUCAUACGAGACCGCGUGGGAGCAGGCCGAGGCCGCGCGCACGGCGGCCCCUGUCGAGGCCACGCAGCUCCACGACGCGAACCCGUGGCUGCGCAUGACGCGGUGGACGGAGUAUCUCCAGGACAUCCCGCCGGCCGGCCUGAUCCAUAAUGCUCUAAAGGAGGGAGGGCUCCCUCCGACUUCUCUAGAUGCCUAUUGGCCCAGUCCAGCCCCACCUGCUGAGCUCCACGCACUAUAUCCCUAA